AUGCCGAAGAACAAUCGACCCGCGACGUCCGGUUAUGCCCGGCUGGCCCAGGAGGAGGAGGAUAGAGCUAACGACCCCUAUGAAUAUUCGGAUGACGAUGACCUGUACCAUACAUCAAGCUCAAUUAACCCAUACGCUACCCAAUAUGAGCCGAUUGCGACUCGACACUCGAUGCCAUCCGCCGCCCUGGCGACGCCCCCCGAGAACCGACGGAGGUCAAGCGGACAACAUCGGCGAGGGCGGAGAAAUUCUGCAGUGGACAUUAAGGCGAUCAAUGCGCGUCUAGAGCGCUGGGCGGAGGAAAUUGCCUCUAAAUUCAAGAUACACCGCGUCAAGGGGAAGACACUCGAGGAGGAGAAAUUGGAAAUCUACCACUCCGUCUUUCAGCCCCCGAAUGGCGUUACGCCAAUUACGUCGGAAGAGCUGGAAUCGGAGGAGGUUGAAGCGGCCAACCGAAUGGCGCGAGAAGGAUUCGAGGAGGUUGUCGAGAGUGUUAGGUUGGCCAUAGAACUGAAUGUGCAUCCUCGGAUGAUAUCCCAGGGAAGUUCAGGCAGUUACUUUGCGCGCAAUAGCGACGGCAAAGUUGUUGGAGUUUUCAAGCCUAAGGACGAGGAACCUUAUGCGUCUCGCAACCCCAAGUGGACAAAAUGGAUUCAUCGGAAUCUGUUCCCCUGCUUCUUUGGACGCGCCUGCUUGAUUCCCAACCUAUCCUACGUUUCCGAGGCGGCGGCGUAUGUGCUGGACUCCCGCCUCCGCACAAAUAUGGUCCCGUAUACUGAUAUCGUAUGGCUAUCGUCGAAAUCAUUUUACUACGACUUCUGGGAUCGAAGAAAGGCGUGGAUGGGCAAGAAGAGACUUCCUCCAAAAGCGGGAAGCUUUCAGGUCUUCCUGAAGGGUUAUAGGGAUGCCAAUCUUUUCCUGAGGGAGCAUCCUUGGCCUGACCAAACAAACCCUGGCUUCCGUGCUCAAGAUGCCCCGAAGCGCAAGAAGCGUCCAUGGAAUGAGGCUUGCCGGCCCUCAGGCAUACAGUCAGAUGACGAAGAUGAGGAGGAGUACACAAACGGCCAGGCGCGUACACCAUCACCGCAGGAGGAAAGUCGGGAGCGACGAUUCCAUUGGACGGAGAAUAUCAAGCAGUCAUUCCGGGAAGAAUUGGAGAAGCUGGUCAUUCUGGAUUACAUCAUGCGGAACACAGAUCGUGGCUUGGACAACUGGAUGAUCAAGAUCGACUGGAAGACGGAGGAGGUUUCGAUUAUUGCAGACCCACCGAAGCCAAACGAGCAUCAACAGGAUGAUGACGACCAUCUGGUACCUCCACGACCGGUUUCGGUCAACUCGGACAAGCCCACUUCGCCAUCGUAUCCUUAUCGUAGACACGAGACGAUGGUGGCCGUGAGCCGUACAGGAACCCCACUAAAUUCCUCGGAGCCACAGGCAAGUAUUCAGAUUGGAGCCAUCGACAACAGCUUGUCAUGGCCAUGGAAGCAUCCCGACGCUUGGCGAAGCUUCCCCUUUGGCUGGCUGUUCUUGCCAGUCUCACUCAUUGGGCAGCCUUUCUCUCAGAAAACUCGAGACCACUUCCUCCCACUUCUAACCUCGACUGCUUGGUGGAGCGGUACGCAGAUGGCUCUGCGACGAGUGUUCUCACAAGACGAUGAUUUCAAGGAAAGCAUGUUUGCGAGACAAAUCGCAGUCAUGAAGGGCCAGGCGUGGAACGUGGUGGAAACGCUGAAACAGCCGGAUCAUGGUCCUCUGGAGCUCACGCGGAGAACCCGCGUUUGUGUUUGGGACGACCUAGUGGACGUCCCUGUUGCUAUCCCUCUUCGUGGGCCUUCGACCGAAGCCCAGCGACGCAAGGUCAGAAACUACGAUGACCGCUACGACCCCGACAACGAAGAAAUGGACAUUGGCGCAGCUAUGUCUAUGGCUGACCAGGACCUGAUGGGAUUGGCGUCCCCUCCAAGCGAACUUCCUAAUCCAAAUCGCUUCGAACUUUCCCGCGGGCGCAGUUCCCGCGAUUCAGGGCGUCCUCAGACUGCCAGUACUACCGACUACGGAUUCAAUCGCAACAGCGGCGACAUACUCAGCCCAGGGAGGAAUGAUGAUCGAAAUUGGCCUUCCCUUCCACCGCGGCCCGGUAACAAACACCGGAAACAAAACUCGAUUUCCAGUGCGCCUGGCCAGGCCCAUUUGAUUUGGAGCAGUGACGAUCUUGAGGGCGACCUCGGAUAUGCAGCUGCUGAGGGCAUGGAGGGUAACCAGCGCAAAGUCAUUGUGGAACGCCUAGAGGCCGUCAAGAGUAAAAACCCGGUCUUUACGUGGUGUUAG